AUGGCAUCGAAUGUUGAUAAGAAUUUUCACAAAUAUGAUGCUGCUGAAAAUAAUAUGUGCCAAACAUUUGUUGAAAAUAUUAUUGAAAUCAAUGGUCUAACGCCUAAUAUUUGUGAUCAAGCAACAUUAAAUGCUCUCAAACCACAGGAUGGUAAGGCAUUGAUUGCUACGCUUGGUAGUCGAUCUAACCUUGUCAAAGCUACGACUGAUUUAGGCAGUAAAUUAGACAAAUUAAUAUUGGAUCGUAAGAUUCGAUGGAAAAAAUCUCCACCAAAAGAUUUUGCUUUAUUACCCAUAGUAAGUGGAGCUGAUUUGGAAAGUAUUUAUGCUAUGUACAAUGCGAUGCUUCUGCUCGAACAAAAUGGUAAGAAACACAAAUAUCACAAAUCUCUUACUAAUAUCAUUGUUAUUGUUUGUAGCACAGGGGUUGCUUAACGUGACGUCGUCACCUAAAUAAUCACAGAAUAUCCAAUACCAGGACAGAAAAUACUUGCAUCUAUUUACAUUAUAUAGUGUCUUAUGAAUAACUUAGACACUAAAGUUUGAACAACUUUAAAGCAUUUUCAUUAAAUAAACUAACUUUUUACUGGGUAUGAAUGACAAUUCCAAAUCUUUUCAUAAACGAAAAGUGUGGGUGUGGGUACGGGUGUUGAUCUAUUACUUUUUCAAAUCCACACUCACACCCACACCCACAUCCAACAAAUCGAUAUAAACAUAUUUAAUCUAAUCUAGCAAUAAUAAUAAUAAAUGAGACGAUGAUUUGUCAAUUCUAUGUUUGAUUAAUUCCUCUGACUCUUUUCUCUGACAUAUAAUAACAAUAAACAAACAAAAAGAUCUUAAAAGUCGCUAAGAAAAUUAGUCAGUAUCAAAUUUUUCAAGUUUUGCACAGAUAUCUAUUGGGUUGGUAAAAAAUUUUUGUCGUUUUUUUCAAAAAUUUUAUUUUUAUUUUUUAAAUAUCAGAAUACAAUUAUCAAUCAACAAUGUAUGCUCCAUUACUGUCUAUGACUUGUUGCCAACGCUCUGGUAGAGAAAGGAUCCCUUGUUCGUAGAAGUCUUGAGACUUUUGAUCGAAGAAGUUCAGAAGAUCCAUUUUGAGGUCGUUCUCGUCUUCGAACUUUUUCUCACGUAAAUGAUUGUCGAGAGAACGGUACAGGUGGUAGUCCGCAGGAGCUAAGUGUGGAGAAUAAGGUGGAUGGGGAACAGUGAUCCAACCAAGCUCCAAUAACUUUUGGCGUGUCGACUUUGCUACAUGGGGUCUGGCAUUAUCAUGUAAAAAGUAAAUUCGAUCUUGUUUUCCU